AUGUGCCUCGACUAUCGGUGCCUUGACUAUCAGUCCCUCAACGACGUCGCUGUCCCACGCUAUGAUAGAGUUGUUGCACACCUUCGACGCCAAGGCUUCAAAAUCAACCCGGAUAAGUCGAGCAAGAAUGAAGUACUCGACGUCCUGGGCUACCGCAUAUCUAAUGAUAAGAUAUCGAUACCACUUGAGAAGGAGCGUGGCAUACGAGAAUGUUUGCAUAGCAACGAGGUCAUUCGCGCUACCCACCAGCUGGGGUAUUAUAAAAUGAUUCUUACGCCGGCCCAAAGGGACCUUAAUUCAUUGAACCUUUGCACCAUGGCCCAAAGGUGCUAG